GCAGGGUGUCAACGUUGACAAGCGCACUCUGGUGAGCGCCGAGCGGAAGCAGCGGACCUUCACAGACAGAUCUCAGCUGAAGUAUGCUAGAAGACUGGUUGUGAAGCUAGGCAGCGCUGUGAUCACACGAGAAGAUGGCAACGGACUGGCGUUGGGACGACUGGCAUCUAUUGUGGAGCAGGUGGCAGAGUGUCAUCACGAAGGCCGGGAGUGCAUCAUGGUGACGAGUGGAGCUGUAGCCUUCGGCAGACAGAAGCUCACUCAGGAGUUGCUCAUGUCUCUAUCUAUGAGAGAGACGUUGUCACCAAGCGACCAUACUAGAGAGGACGCUGGAAGCAUCCUGGACCCUCGCGCGGCCGCCGCAGUGGGCCAGUCAGAGCUGAUGUCUAUGUACGACGCCAUGUUCUCACAGUACAACGUCAAGAUUGCUCAGGUGCUGGUGACCAAACCUGACUUCUACAACGAGGAGACUCGCAAGAACCUGUUCUGUACCCUCUCCGAGCUGAUCUCCCUGAACAUCGUGCCCAUAGUGAACACGAAUGACGCUGUCAGCCCGCCUAUGUACAUCCAUGACGACACCGUGGUCCCGGGGACUGGGAAGAAGGGCAUUGGAAUCAAAGACAACGACAGUUUAUCAGCGUUACUGGCAGCAGAGAUCCAGUCAGAUCUGCUCAUCAUGAUGUCUGACGUAGAUGGUAUCUACAACAAGCCACCCUGGGAAGACGGUGCCAGGAUGAUGCACACAUACACCUCAAAGGAGCAGGUUCAAUUUGGACAGAAAUCUAAGGUGGGAACAGGUGGUAUGGACUCAAAGGUGAACGCAGCUACAUGGGCCAUGGCUCGUGGAGUCAGCGUUGUGAUUUGUAACGGCAUGCAAGAUAAAGCCAUCAAAACUAUCAUCAGUGGUAGAAAAGUGGGCACUUUCUUCACGGACUAUGCGACUAACGCUUCCAACUCUGUGGAUGAGCUAGCUGAGAAUGCACGAACUGGAAGCAGAGUAUUGCAACAACUAUCUCCACAUGAUAGAGCAUCGGCCAUUCAUUCUUUGGCUGACUCACUUGUAGAUAAACAAGAUCAAAUAUUAGAAGCAAACGCUAAAGAUUUGGAAGAAGCUACUAAAGGAGGACUAGCGUCUGCUUUAUUGAGCAGACUGUCUCUCAGUCCAGGAAAGUUGAAGACACUUUCAGUAGGUUUGAAACAAAUUGCCGAUUCUAGCUACGAAAAUGUAGGACGAGUUUUGAGGAAGACCAAAUUAGCUGAGAAUUUGGUUCUGCGUCAAGUUACAGUUCCUAUUGGAGUAUUAUUAGUUAUAUUUGAAUCCAGACCUGAUUCACUACCGCAAGUUGCUGCUCUAGCAAUGGCGUCGGCGAAUGGACUUCUCUUGAAAGGUGGAAAGGAGGCUGCUCAUUCAAAUAAAGCUCUUAUGGAUCUGGUUAAAGAAUCUUUAAAGACAGUCGGAGCUCAAGACGCCAUAUCUCUAGUUUCAACCCGAGAGGAGAUAAGCGAUCUUCUAGCUAUGGAGAAACACAUUGAUUUGAUCAUCCCUCGUGGAUCUUCAGAUUUGGUGAGAAAUAUACAAAAGCAAUCCCAGCAUAUCCCAGUACUUGGACACGCUGAAGGUAUCUGCCAUGUGUACAUUGACAAAGACGCGGAUCCUGUUAAAGCUUUGAAGAUAGUUCGCGAUGCAAAGUGUGAUUACCCAGCCGCUUGCAAUGCUAUGGAAACGUUGCUGUUACACGAAGAUCAUUUGUCUGGGACUAUGUUCACUGAUAUUUGUAAUAUGUUGAAGAAGGAAGGUGUUAAGAUUCACGCUGGUCCGAAACUGUCCAGUCACUUGACGUUUGGUCCACCUCCAGCUCGCAGCAUGAAACAUGAAUAUGGAUCCCUGGAAUGCUGCAUUGAAAUAGUGAAAGACAUGGAUGAAGCAGUUGAACACAUUCACAAAUUCGGAAGUUCUCAUACAGACGUUAUCAUCACUGAGAAUGACAAUGCAGCCAAGAAGUUCUUGGGCUCCGUGGACAGUGCGUGCGUGUUCCACAACGUGUCUUCUCGAUUUGCCGACGGUUUCCGAUUCGGGCUCGGAGCUGAGGUUGGAAUCUCCACCGCAAGGAUACAUGCUAGAGGUCCAGUCGGAGUGGAAGGUCUCCUGACCACCAAAUGGAUUCUGGAGGGUACAGACCACACAGCGGCAGAGUUCAACGAGGGAAGGAGGUCUUGGGUCCACGAGACCCUCCCCCUGAAUUGACUACCAACCCCCAGUGCCUGGUACCAUUGUAGACCUUGGAUUACAGUUAUGAGAUUCGUUGAGAGAUUUAGAAAAUUGCGGACAAGUUAGAAGUAAUUGUCGCUGAACUAAAAAAGAUAAUGAUAGGUUAUAAUUGCAAAUAGAUACAGUAAAAUUAAUCCUAAGUUAUACUUUUAAAUGAAUAAAUAAACAAAAAAGUGAGAAACAAUAAUAAUAUUGCUAUAAAUAUUGUGUUCUAUAAAGGAAGAUAAACAAUGUUUAUUGGAUCCAUGUGCGUCAAUAAA